ACUCACUGUAUCGGACGGAACAUUAGAGGGGGCUUCGAGUAGAAGACUUCAUGCUAGGCUGCAUCAGUCAAAUUCGAGCCGGCAUUUGGUGAAGACGUCGAUAUCGUUUGUUUAUUGAAGCGUUCGUCGUUGUCGUUGGUGGUUAAGUUUUGCGUGUUUUUUUCUAUGUAAACAUAUCACGUCAGAACGGUACGUUAGCGAUCUGACAAAUCGCGCUGGAUGCUGCAAUUUGUGUAAUUUUAUACAUGCACUGAUCACCGUCAAUGAAAUGACUGUAUUGAAUUAACCGGCUCAUUGGAUGGCUGGAUGAAACCUUCCGAAAAGCCAGUAUUUGCCGAUUCCCGCUACCGGUGUUAGUGCGUUCGAUUUACUGGAAGCUGACCGUGUUCUGUUUAAACUGGCAAGAGAGUGAAAACAAGGCAAAUGUUAGCUGUUCACUUCCCAGAUCGUAAAAGAAGUGUAAUUGAUUUGUGAAUAAAUAAUAGUUGAUUGGCACGUUUCCAAGCCGGCUUUUUUCGUCGUCGUUCUCGAAAGCGUGAAUAACUUUUGAAUUGUGUGCUGAGAGCUGAGAUUUGUGAUGUGUUUUUUACUGAACUAGUCCGAUGGAUGACGAUUGAGUGAAUUUUAUCAUCCAGGUCUACGAUGUAUGUACAAGCAUAAAUUUAGCAGUUUAUUCAGUCGUAUUCUGUGUAUGAUUUGCAGCCGUGUUCGUGGUGUAUGCUGUGCAACGUAGCAGAAGCUAUCAAAAAUUCAUCAGUUCCUUUGAGAGGUUCGAAACCUACUUCAAAUGUGGAAGUGAGUAUUUCUGAGUGAGGUUACACAUCCCAGCCGAAAGUGUUCGAUAUAGAAAAGUGUUUUCGCUAUUACUUUUACUCUAGACAGCAACAAAUCGAACGCAGGUAUUAAUAAUUUGGUGCACGUGUUUAUUCGAGUGUUUUAUAAAUUCUCAAGUGGUGAAUUGUGUAUGCAGAGCGUCGUUUCUCAACGUUUCCAAACAGACUAACGCUAGCCGAACAUAAUAAGGAGAGAUUAGUGCCACACUUCCUAACAUCAGUUUGACAAAUCUACUAUUUCCGCUUGGCCACCCGGAGAUGGACAUAAGGAGCUUAAUCAAGAUUUGGGCAGUUUUGUUCGUGCUUACAGUCGUCUCUCCGGCGGCAGUUGUUUAUGCCCGAAGAUGCUACGUUUGCGGCGAGGGAGCGGAAGCCCCCUUCCGGACAGUGUUGGGUGCUGAUGGUAUGCUGCAUCGUCGCAGUCCGGCCGCGAGUGGCAGUUUGCCCAACAUUGUGACCACCUGCGAGGACUUCGAGCAAGAUCAAGACGAACUGAACAAGUAUGUGCUGGACUGUCCCCCGAGUUACACCAGCUGCCUCACUCAGGUUGAUGGUGAUAUGGAGCUGAGAACAUGUGGUGAAAAUUUAUCCAUAAACGACUGCAAGAGUGCCAACAAAAUCGACUACUGCUACUGCAGCGAAGACCUGUGCAACAGCCUGAAGAGGACGCAGAUUCGACGGGAAAUCGAAGACUCCCAGUUGGGUAUUCAGUCGCAGCAUCUACAUCAACGUGAACCGCACAACAGCGACGAUGAGGAUCUGUCCGAAUCAUCCGGGAUGGGCGAUUCUCACGAAAAGCACCACCGAGCGGGUAUCUCCGUUACAAGCCACAACAAUGUUAAUAACCACCAUCACCAAUUAGACAGAGAUUUGGCAACGACGCAGAUCGUAAUGACGUUGAAACCUAUUCCGACCACCGAGCGGCGAAACAACAACAGUCAUGGCCGGAACGAUUCGGUGUCGGCCGCUAGCGGUGGUGCCAGCAAUUUGCGAUGGUCACCGGAUCGAAGAAUAGACAAUUUGCUGCUGCUGCUACUACUAGCGGUGGUCAGCCGGGGACUGAAUCAGCGGUUUAUCUGGUCCUGGGGACACGUGGAGCAUGUUGAUUUAGUCGGUUUUUGGACUCUAUCUAAUGGGGGUGAUUUUUAGGGAGCAAAAUUGAUUGUUGCGAUAACGUUGUUCGUAAAACAAAGAAUCUCAUUUCGCACAAUAAGUGUACGCCAACAGAGGGUAACAGUAUAUCACCAGGCGUCUCCAUAUUUUAGAGCAGCAAUACCCAAAAUCACACAAGGAUUUACCAGUCACUAUUCUUUGUCAGGCACAAAUGCUACCGUUUUAAUUUGAUGAUGAAAACAUUCAAAAUGUUUUUCUGUACAAUUUACGAGCUUAAAGCUAAGUUUAUGUUUGUUUUUAAAUUCUAGUUUGAUCGAAGAAAUGAUUCAUACGUAACUGUGAUUGUGCUAUCGGAGCUUUAAAAGCACACCAGACACGAAGAAAGAUUCCUUUAGUAUAAUUUCACGCUCUCGUUAAGUAAGGUUCGUUCCGUUAAAGAUGAAUAAUGCCGAUUGCCAAAAAUACCGAACGAUGUGCUCAUUUCAUCCAUUAUACUUAGAUGAUCAUGUUAGAAUUAAGAAAAUGUAAGGUCACGUUCUCAGAAGUAGAACAUCAUACCGAAUAAGUCAUCCUGAGUUGCGAUCCAACGAAAGUAUUUCAUAGCACAGCAAAACAAAUAUAUGCUCAAUUAUCUACAAUCAUUUUCAACACAGCGCGGAAGACGAACCUAAUACUGAUUAAUUUGUAUAUAUUGAUUGUAUAUAAUUAAAAAUAAUUACAGCGAUAAUUUUAAGUUGAUACAUUUAGGUUCUUUCGAUAAUUGUCUAUUAGGUUUUACUAUGUGUCCCUAUGGUAUGAAAGAUUCACUAUUUAUAAUCUAGAAAACCCAAACACACAACAAGCGCGUUGCAUAUUCAAACUGAGUGUUUAGUGGUCUAAAGUAGUGAGACAACAGUAAAAAGUGUCAAAAUUGUUAAACGGUUCCGAAUCAAAUGACGCAAAAUAAGCAAAACCAGUAAACUCUCUAAUCCGAUGCAAUACUCGAUCCGAAUGCACCAGAUCAGUUCGCGUAUUCGGCUCGGAUACGAAACAUUCUGCUUAGGGUGAAGCAUGAUUGAGAAAGUUUUCCUCAAGCGAACUCCCCGACAGCCGAUAUAGAAAUAAGAACCCGAAUAGUGAACAAUAUAGUUUGUGACAGGCUUUAAGUAGUACUACAGUCAUUUGCCAUAUCUAGAAUUAAAUAGACGCGAAUCGUAAUGUAUUGAAA